UUUACAAUAGCUCAGUAUCAACUAGCCAGUACUGACCCAGUGCCUGCCCGGACUGGUCCUGCCUUGCCAAACGACUCUGAGGCUGACAGCUGCCAACUGACUCUCAGAGAAGGAAAAAAUGAAGUACAGAGAACAAAAAGGAGGAAAACGCGCAGUGAGUUUCUAAACGAAGAGGGAGUAAUAAGCGCUGCUGUGACUUUAUACGGAGAGGUAGAGGGAGAGGAACAAUGUCAUAGAGGAGGAGGAGUUGUUUGGACAGAAGUGAGCGGCCUACAGGGCCACUAUUGACAGGACUAGCCCGGUUCUAGCCUAUUGUUGCACGGCCGUGACGGUCGGUAUUCCAGCUGUUUCUGCGGGAAACCGCCGGGGAGAUUACUCAAGAUGCAAACAUCUGCUCUGGGCAACCGUUAAACGGCGAAGGCAAGCCUACAGCUGCAGCAUCCGAGAGGACCUGUGUGUGUGCGUGUGUGUGUGCGUGUGCGUGUGCGCGAGUGAGUGCGUGUCUGCUUGUGUCACCAUGAGUCUUGUCUCGGGCUUCCCUCACCACCCGGUUAUGCACCACCACGACAGCCAUCACUAUUCCUUGCAUGCUGCGACUGCCGGUCGGUGUCACGAGGACACCGGGGCUCCUCCUUACUUUACGAGCUGGCUGAUAAGCCACGCGGAUAUGUCUCCCACUGAAUAUAGCCUCGCGCCCGGCUACAGCCCAGAGUACCAUGGCAACAGCGGCGGCGGGUCUACAGGCGGCCUGGACCCCCACCAUCACCAUCACCACCACUACGGACCCGGCGGCUUGGUUCCGGGGGCCGGCACCAUCUCUGUGAACGGAGCUACGGUUGGUAUGCACCACCACCACCACACACAUCCUCGGACCGUGAAGCGGAGACCCACGGCCAACCGCAAGGAGAGGCGGCGGACCCAGAGCAUUAACUCGGCCUUCGCGGAGCUGAGGGAGUGUAUCCCCAACGUCCCGGCCGACACUAAGCUCUCCAAGAUCAAAACACUGCGGCUGGCCACCAGCUACAUCUCCUACCUGAUGGACAUCCUGGACAAGGACGGACAGCACGGAGACACGCAGGCUUUCAAGGCCGAGCUGAAAAAGACGGAGGCUCGAGAGGAGCGGAGGAAGAGAGAGGCGGUAAGAGCGGUGGAGAUCCCUAAGACCACUUCAUCAUCCUCAUCCUCCUCUACCUCCUCAUCGUUGUCCUCCUCAUCAGCGGGUGAUAAGAAGAGUAAAGGACGGACAGGGUGGCCUCAACAUGUCUGGGCUCUGGAACUCAAACAGUAGCGCCUCCCUCCUCCUGCAAGUUAACAGCACUCCUUUUCUCCCCCAGCUCUGACCUCGGAGAGAGAGCUCUGAUGAACUGUAAUGGCAGCCAUCGUCGUAUCUCGGGACCUCGAGACCGUCAGCUUCUCACAGAACCGAGCGGUGGACGCUGAAUAAACUGGUAUAGCUCCGUUCAGGUUUUCAGAGUUGCUGAUAGAAUAUAGCUUCCCCCACCUCUCCUCAGCAAAGACGCUUUCUGUGGCUUUGUGCUGUGUCAGGGUUUUGACCUUGAACCCUGACUUCCUCGAGGAAAAAACCCUCACGAAUCACAUAUUUCCUGUUCUUUCCAGUUUUGGAGUGAAGAUUUUUCAUAGAAAAAUCAUUCCAAAAACCCACCAAAAAUACAUCUGUCUCCAGGCUUCACCAAAUGGAAAAAAACCCCAAUCAUCGUUUCCCAAUGAUUCGACAUGGCCUAUUUGAUGCCAGCGGAAGGCUCAUUUAAAACGCAGUGAAUGUCUAUGGGCUUGAACUAUAUAUGUGCUUUAGAGACAGGCCAGCUGGGUGGGGUCGGUGGGGUUGAAAUAAUACGCUGUCUAUACCAUUUGACCUCGUGAGUCAAUAGGAUGCACUGUUACAUCGGUCACGCGUCCAGCUCUGCUCAAGUGAUCCCCGCCGCCUCCCGUCUCUGCUGAGGCCUCUCGAAAGGCUGCUGUUUCAGCAGCGGCACAGCAAGUUAAGGAGCGCGCUCGUCGCCACUGAGCCAAGUGGUGUAUACCUGUGGGAGUGUGAAGGGAGUGCGGCGGAUGCUCUCUUCCCGCGGAGGGAAAACCCAACGAGUUGGGGACGAUAGGCGAUACCAUUUCUCUCUCUCUCUCUCUCUAUCUCGCCUGGAAACAACCCCACCCACCCCCAACACCCGCUUACUUACACACACACGGGGUGUUGACGUGCUCUCUGAUUUAUUUAAUGGAAUAUAUUUAUGUGCAAUGUGGCCGAGGACCAAGCCAGCCAUUCCGCUGACUGACAACAGCCAUUUACUGAGUAGGCUAUGUUUUGAUUAAAUGACAAGGUGUAUGUGAAGUUUUCUCUCUCUUUCUCUCUCUCUCUCUCUCUCCCUCUCUCUGUCGUUUCUCACACAACUUUGAAUUGUAAAUGUAGUGACGUCACGGUGAUGACGAAGUGUCCAUGUUGUGGUGUGGAAAAUGAGGUGGGAGUCGAAAUAAUACUUCAUGUGGGAUGUAAACAGUGUCAUGAAUUAAUAAACCAC